ACCGGAGAGCAGCAACUGGUUCGUGUGCCUCGCCGGUGCUGCUGCUGCUGCUGCUGCUGCUGCUGCAACACCUACAACCGACGGAGGAGGAGAGCGGGCUGACUGACACGGUUCACGGCUAAUUUCGGUGGAAUACCGCGGCUCUGAGCUGCUUUUACACAUUUUUUUUUUUUUUUUUACAGGCUUUAAUACUUGAAGACCUGAGCUUCUACGCCAAUGGCAAGUCCGGUUGCAGACAUAGGACAGUCUCAUCAGCAUCACCCUGUGCCCGAGUCGGCCGCAGACUCCGCGUUUCAAGAGGCGCAGAAAUGGAUAGAGGCUGUGACAGGAAGAUGUUUCGGUGACAAAGAUUUCAGAGGCGGUUUGGAGAAUGGGAUACUGCUAUGCGAGUUGCUGAGUUCCAUUAAACCCGGCCUGGUGAAGAAAAUUAACAGACUUCCGACACCCAUCGCUGGCCUGGACAACCUCAGUGUGUUUCUCCGUGGCUGUGAGGAGUUGGGAUUGAAAGGCUCCCAGCUGUUUGACCCUGGAGACCUGCAGGACACAUCGACACGCCCCACCGCCAAGGGAAGUGACUGCAGCCGAAAACUCAAGAAUGUUUUAAUCACCAUCUACUGGUUGGGUCGCGCUGCCAACGGCUGUACCUCCUACAACGGGCCCACGCUGGACCUGAAAGAGUUUGAGGGCCUGCUGUCACAGAUGCGAAAGGAGGCGGAGGAGGCAGAGAGCCCUAAACGCAGCAUCCGGGACAGUGGCUACAUCGACUGCUGGGACUCAGAGCGCAGCGACUCUCUCUCCCCCCCACGCCACGGCCGCGAGGACUCGUUCGACAGCCUGGACUCCUUCGGCUCACGCUCACGACAAACCCCGUCGCCAGACGUCCUGGUCGCCCGCGGCAGCAGCGAUGGUAGCCGUGGCAGCGACUCAGAGUCCGACGGUCCCCCCCACAGGAAGAUGCCAGACAUCCGUAAGGAUGACAUGUUGGCGCGGCGGACGUCCGUCAGCGAGCCGCGAACUGCAAUGCCCUUUAACCAGUACCUCCCCAACAAGAGCAACCAGAGUGGAUAUCUACCCACGCCGCUCCGCAAAAAGAAAGGCGACAAAGAGGAGGGAGGACGCAAGAGCUGGAGUACUGCCACGUCACCUAUAGGGGGAGACAGACCUUUCAGUACUCCAGCUCGCUCGUGCUCAGAGGAACUCUUCCACCAUUCGACGCCUCUAGCAGGAAACGCCACGGCAGCCUCAGCGGUUGCAUCGGCUCCCGUCAACGCGGCCGGGAGACAACCACCUCCAGCGGAGCGGGAGGAGGCGGUCGCUGGUGCGCCGUUCGUGGCAGAUGCGGAGCAGGAGGAGAAGCGGGCCCGUCGAACGCUGACCUCUCCUAAACGCAUCGCCACCCAGAGUCCCUCCCAUUUUCUUCCCGUGCCUGCUGCCAUGGCAACCACUUCAAAAGAAACAACCGGUACAGGCCGGCGAAAGGGCAGGGCACUGAGCGAAAGUGACGACCCGCAGGGAGGGACUUCCUGGUUGGACAGCGGUCUUCCAGCAACAUUCAGCCACACAGAUAGUGUGUCAGAUGACUCACAGAGUGUGAGUAUGAUCGACAUGCGUGGAGAAGAGGAUACCAUCUUGCAGCCCCACAGUCAGGUGCGUCAUGAACUGAUGCACAAUCAGUACAACAGGAUGAAGGAAGAGGAGGAUCACUGGCAGGAUGACCUGGCCCGAUGGAAAAAUCGAAGGAGGAGUAUUUCCCAGGAUCUGAUCAAGAAGGAGGAGGAGAGGAAGAUGAUGGAGCGGCUGAUGUCGGGAGACACCUGCCCCUCCCACAGGAGGAGAAGCAUCAAGACGUACAGAGAGAUAGUGGAGGACAAGGAGCGCCGUGAGGAGGAGCUGCGAGACGCGUACAGGAGAGCCAGAUCCCCGGAGGAGGCGUCAGUCAUCCUCCAGCGCUACGCCCAGCGUUUCUCCAUCAGUGAAGCGGUCCUGGAACGCCUGCAGCUGCCGAAGCUCCUGGAUCGCAGCAUCUCCGCUGACCCCUCCUUCCCCUGCUCGCCCUUCCCUCUCUCCCUCGCCGCCUCCCCGACGACCCCAGACCCCUUCGACGUGGACCCCAAUGGGCCCCUGAGGUAUCUGCGCCAGCAGUCGGCUCCGGCUCCAAAGUUCACGUCCACGCUGGAGGCGCGGAUCGAGGAGUUUCCCAAAGACUUGUCCUCGCACCAGCGGCCUCAGAUUCGCUCCCGCUCAUCCGAGCCGCCAUCCACCCGAGCCCUGUCGCCCAAACCGGUGCCUUUGCUGACACCCAAGCCUUACUUUGAGACCCGAUCCACAGCGGCUGAACCGCGGCCCAGCAAGGCGGACGGUUUGCUUCGAAUCAACGGCAACAUAGGAAGCGACGAUGUUCCCACCACACCUGAGAGUCAAGGAAGGGAAUCACCUCCUCAUUUCCAGGCAUCCCCUUCCAAAACCAGUAACAGCACAGUAGACGCUCGCUCCUCAGCGGCGUCACCCGCACACAGUCCACACGCCUCCCCCGCGGGAGGAAGCCCGGCGUCGACGAAGGCCAAGGAGGAGGUACGAGGCGCCAGUGAAGCAGCGGCUGAGGACGUCAGAGAAGAGAAGAAAGUCGCAGAGCAUUCGACGCCACCGAGUCGGCCCACCUCGCUCCCAACGGAACUGCAGAAGCCGGAGGAAAGCUUUGGGAAGGUUGGAGUCCAGACAGCAGCUGCUCCCGAGGAGAAAAAGUCUGCUGCAGCUCAACCAGCACCAGCUUCAGAAGCCAAACAAGAACAAGAAAAGGCUGAACCAUCUGAUCAAAGCAUCUCCAGUCUUCUCCAGUCGGGCGUCGGCACGCAGCAAAGUCAGACGGUGACUUUACAGACAACUGUCCCCACUCCCCAGGAGCUGUCACGGAGAAGAGAGAACGUACCGAGCUUACCCGCACCAGGAUCGUCUGGGUAUCACCCGCCGCGGGAAACGACGGCAGAGUUUGCAAACAGUGUCAGGUCUCCGCUGGCAACCAGCAACCCUAAGUUACGUUGGGAGUUCUUCGCUCCACCAGAAGAGGCAGAAAAGGAUCGCCGUGGAAACGUGUCAGUGCCGGUGUUGCCCCAGGCCAGGCGGGGUGACCGCUGGUCUUGGGACCCGGAUGAGGAGCGAAAGCGUCAGGAAAGGUGGCAGCAAGAGCAGGAGCGCAUGCUGCAGGAGAAGUACCGGCGCGAGCAGGAGAAGCUGAAGGAGGAGUGGGAGAAAGCGCAGAGGGAGGUGGCCGAGGAGGAGAGGAAGUACCAUGAGGAGGAGCGUAAGAUACUGGAGGAGACUGUGGCGCCUCUCACUCCCCGCUCCUCAGCCCUGCCCUCCCCCAGCCGAGGGGAGCUGUCCUCCACCGCCGCGCCCCAGGACACCAUCGUCCGUUCGCUGGCUGACUGGGAACGUAAACAAGAACUUCUGGAGAGGCAGUCGAGGGGGAGCACGGAGAGCGUGGAGGCGAAACGGAGGGAAAAUGACAGGACCAGUGACAUCAGCACUGCUGACGACAGCAUGAAGACAGCAAGAAGCUCGUUGAGUCAGAGCAGCAGUCAGACAGGAACACUCACAGCUCACAGUUUGCAGAACGGCCAGAAACUUCCUGCGGUGUCGGCCAAAUCCUCAACUCCGGUGAAGAAGCAACAAGAUCUCACAGCAGAAAGCAACAAGCCCAGCCGGCCUGCAGGAGACAGGAGGAGUGGUCCCAUUGAUAAUAACAUGAGCCGCAGCUCAUCAAAGCCUCCUGCAGCAUGUUCCCCAACUCCAGACACACUGCCUCCAACUCCCAACAGGUCCGUCAGUGGGAAGAAGCUGUGCUCCAGCUGUGGGCAGCCGCUGGGAAAAGGGGCGGCCAUGAUCAUAGAGACCCUCAGCCUCUACUUCCACAUCCACUGCUUUAAGUGUGGGGUGUGUAAGGGACAGUUAGGCGACACGACCACGGGGACGGACGUCCGAAUUAGAAACGGCCUCCUCAACUGCCACCAGUGCUACAUCCGCUCCCGCUCGGCCGGACAGCCCACCACAUUGUGACGCUCAACAGAAAAGCACAAGGUUCACGGAAGAUACCCCCACCCGCACCCCCCCAUCCCCAUUUUAACCCGAUUAUCUGCAAAUCGUGUCCUUCACAGCGUGUCGGGAUCUCUGCAUCCUCUGCAGCUCAAUAACCCAUGAAGAUUCAUCAUGUCGGGCCGAAUGGGGAUCUGGGAACAGUCAGACGUUUCAAACAAAAAAAAAAGAAAAAAAAAAAAAUAUAUAUAUAUAUAUAUAUAUAUAUAUAUAUAUUCUUCGUGUUUAUGUCAUCUGAUACGUGAGUGAAAUCUGGAUGCGAUUGGUCCACGUACCACCACACAGACUCUUGUUUCAUCAUGCAGCGAGAGAGAGAGAGAGAGAGGGGGAGAGAGACUGUUCCGGGGCGGCGGCCAUGUUGAAAAGAAAACACAAUAACAUUUACAGAUGCUUCAAACACAGGCAGGCUGUGUUGACCCCCCCCCCCCCCCCCCCCGCCACUAUACUGUCAGAAUGAACACACAGAAAGAGAAUAUGGUGUGAAGUCGGUUCAGAUCUAAGUUUCCUAGAUGGAAAAUAUUUACCAUUGAGUUCCAUAUGAUGGAAAUGCAAAUAUGUCAUAUAGUUAUUGAAUCAAUUUUUAUCAUUUAACAAAAGUUUAUUUUCUUAAUUUGAGAUGAAGCUAGAAAAAAAAAAUAUGGAAAGAUACGCAGUGAGGCAGCUCAGAUUGGACGUUUUAAUUUCUCUAAACAGGCUGGAUCUGAAAAAUAUUAUUAAUUUGAUUUCCCCUUAAUGAAGUACUAGAUUAAAACAAAACAAUAUACAAGCUUCAUUUAGAAAAGUGCAGUGAAGGUCACUAUAAACCCUCCGUUUAGAUCCACAGGCUCAAUAAAGAGUAAGUUGCUGUUAUUUGACCCUUUCGGCCCAAACAGUGAUCUCUCGUGUCUCUCGUUCUGUGCUCAGAAUAAAAUGAUCUUUAUAAUAUAAACACAUUAUUAUGGAUGUAGUUCAUCGUUAGGGCAAUAACACGACUCGUGAGCUGUUGUUGUGCGUCUGGGUCGCAGCAGGUUGUUCCUCAGCGGGUCAGCUUGGAAAGUCAGGACUUUAAUGUGCCUUAGGAAAGAAAGGUGAUGCAGGAAAGAAAACACCAGCUCUGUGGUGUUUUAUUUCUCCUUUUUUGUUUUUUAUCAUUAUUAUUUUUGGGGUGGAGGGAGGGAUUUGGCCAAAUUUGAACUCUUAGAACUGCAGACAGUCGGGCUGCAGCCCUCCCUUACAUCACGCUUUACUUCAGUUGAUAAGUACAGUUUUAUUUUCACAUGAACAACAACCUUUGAUUUCACAUUUCUCCCCUGUGAUUCCUCUGUGAUUUGCAGUGAUAAACCCAGUGCAAAGAAAGGAACACACUUGUUGUCUAUCUGGAAGAAUACACAGUAUAGAGUAUAUAUACACUGCAGGGGGAAACCAUUGAUUGAACUUUGAAUGUUUUACUCUAGAGCGAUAUAGACUUCUGUAUGCUAUUAAUUGAGGUAAUUUUGAUAAUUGCUCAGUGGUAGGGUUCAUUUAUAAAAUAAAAAUGAAAAAAAAUAAAAUAAAAACAUAAAAAUCAGCAGUACAUGUUACAUCUAGUUAAGCAGCAGAGGUAAUAUGAACACACAUACCAGCAGCAGUUGCACCUGUGCAAUAUUUGGUUGGAUGAAAACUAAAGAUCUGUGCCGCCAGCUGGACAUUUUAAGUCACUUGCUUCUUUUCUUUUUAUGAUCUUGUAUGAGAAGAGCUCGGUUAUGUAUUGUGGAUGUUUUAAAAACAAAAAAAAAACAAAAAAAUGCACGUUUAAGCCUAAAACCAAAUGAUUUGCUGUAUGAAAGCAAACUAGCAGCCUCCUCCUCCUCUUCCUCUUCCUCUUCCUCCUCCUGAACUGCGUCCUAUAGCCAAGCUUCUCCUCCGGGUUCAUCUCUCUGAUCUCCAGUAUUUUUAAGCUUCUGUUCCGAUUGUGUAUUUUAUUUUUUAUCCUCAUUUAGUUAAUGAAUAAAUCUCGGCUGAGUCUCUUAUAGCGGGAUCUUUGAGACGGAGCUCUGUAUCCAGACGGUCUUCUUUCACAGGAUAGUUGGGGAAUGAAAACCUUUACGUCUGUUCUGUAUUUAUUGUAAUAUUCACCUGAACACUAUCCGAAAUAUAGAUUAAUUUGAUGUUUAAAUGCAAUGGCAUUUAUAGCAUACUGUAUGUUUAUAAAUAAAAUGUUAUAAAUUAAAAA